AUGGAAAACAAGGCAGUGAAGGUGUUUGACAAUUUGUAUUGGGUAGGUGCGUUAGACACCGAUCUUCGAGUUUUUGACAUUAUUAUGCACACCCCCUUUGGGACGUCGUACAAUUCAUUUUUAUUAACGACGAGUGCUGGCAAUAUUUUGAUAGAGACUGUUAAAGAACAGUUUGCACAGGAUUGUAUCACUCGUGUGAAGGAUGUUAUAGGGAAUGGGAAAUUGGAUUACAUUAUUUGUAAUCAUACCGAACCGGACCAUAGUGGGUCUCUUGUAGAAAUACUUGAGGAGUAUCCGGAGGCGAUAGUAGUAGCUACUAAGCCUGCUUUAGCAAACAUCGAGUACAUUGGUCACAUCAAAAAGACGACUCGCACGAUCGACACGACAAAACAGCGUCAGUUGCGGGUCGGGGAGUACACUCUUAACUUCCACAUUCAACCAUUUUUGCAUUGGCCCGAUACGAUGAUGACAGUCAUCCAAGAGAUGAAAGUUGUUCUGCCGUGUGAUGUCUUUGGGGCGCAUUGCGCUGAUUCACGAAUCUUCAACGACAUGAUGGAAGACCGAAUCAAAGAUUUAGAUGAAGCGUACAAGCACUACUUUGACUGUAUUUUUGGGCCGUACAAAUCUUUUGUGUUGAAAGGGAUUGAAAUGAUGGAGACCAAAUUUGGAUUUCCCGUCGAAGAGAUACGGGCAAUUUGUUGUUCGCAUGGCCCCGUCUUACGAACACAUAUCAAAGAGAAUAUCGAACGGUACAGACAGUGGGCGCAACCCCCUCUAUUAAAAGAUCAAGUAGUUAUUGCGUAUGGGAGUGCGUAUGGAUAUACUGAAAUGAUGGCGAAGAAAAUUAGUGAAGGUGUCGAGAGAGCCGGAGCGAGUGUUAAAAUGCAUAAUAUAGUGACAUCGAGUGUAGAAGAAGUCUUGAAGGAUUUUGAAGAGUCGAAAGGGAUGUUAUUAGGAACGCCGACAUUGGUGGGUGAAGCGUUACCGCCCAUGUAUAUCAUCUUGGCUCAUUUGAACCCAAUAGUCCACUGUUCGAGAUACGUCCAAUGCUUUGGAUCAUAUGGAUGGAGUUGUGAGGGAGUGACCAAUUUAGAGAUGCGAAUCAAUCAAUUGACUGUUCGUCGCCCGGUCAAACCGAUUGCAUUUCGAUUCAAACCGACAGAAGAGAACUUGAAAGAGUGUGAGGAAUGGGGAUAUCAAUUUGGGAAUGCACUAGUGAAAGGGUUGUAA